AUGAAAAAAAUGGAUCUUGGAAAUGGCUCUUUUGUCACUGAGUUCAUCCUUGUGGGGUUAACAGACCAGCCAGAUCUCCAACUCCCCUUAUUCAUCCUGUUUCUAGUAAUAUACGUGAUCACUGCAUUGGGAAAUUUGGGUUUGAUAAUUCUAAUUGGGCUAAAUUCACACUUUCACACCCCUAUGUACAUUUUCCUCUUUAACUUGUCCUUCAUAGACCUCUGUUAUUCUUCUGUGUUUACACCCAAAAUGUUGAUGAACUUUAUAUUGGAGAAGAAUAUUAUCUCUUAUGUAGGGUGCAUGACCCAACUCUACUUUUACUGUUUUUUUGUUAUUUCUGAAUGCUACAUGUUGAUGUCAAUGGCCUAUGAUCGCUAUGUGGCCAUCUGCAAUCCACUUCUGUAUAACAGUGCCAUGUCCCCUAAAGUGUGUUCCUAUCUUAUGCUUGGCUCAUACUUGAUGGCACUAUCUGGUGCCAUGGCCCACACAGGAUUCAUGGUAAGACUAACCUUCUGUGAUGUAAAUGCCAUCAACCACUAUUUCUGUGACAUCCUGCCUGUGAUGCAACUCUCUUGUACUAGCACCUAUGUCAAUGAACUGGAAGUUUUCACUGUGGCAGGUAUCAACAUCAUUGUGCCUAGUGUCACAAUUCUUAUCUCUUAUGGUUUCAUCCUCUCCAGCAUUUUUCACAUAAGCUCCACUGAAGGCAGGUCUAAGGCCUUUAGCACCUGCAGCUCCCAUAUAAUUGCUGUUUCCCUGUUCUUUGGAUCAGGUGCAUUUAUGUACCUUAAGCCAUCUUAUGCUGGGUCUAUGGAUGAGGGAAAAAUCUCUUCUGUCUUUUAUACCAAUGUGGUUCCCAUGAUGAACCCCUUAAUCUAUAGCCUGAGGAACAAAGAAGUAAAAGUUGCCCUGAGAAAAACCUUGAGCAGAAGAAAGUUUUGA